GUCACACCUUCCGCUGCUAGGCUCGCCCACGCCGGGUCGGAUGAACGAAGUCUUGAAGUCGGACCUUACUUUGGAAGCCGUCCUCCCACUGGCGCUGACACGUCGCGGAGGAGUUUUCUUUUUUUUGGUUUUUGGUUAUUUUUUUUCCCCGCCGAGGGCUGAGACAUCUAUCGGGACACGCGAGAAGAUGUUGCUGAAGGAGUACAGGAUAUGCAUGCCUCUUACUGUGGAGGAGUACCGUGUCGGGCAGCUGUACAUGAUCAGCAAACACAGCCAUGAGCAGAGCGAUCGAGGGGAAGGUGUGGAGGUGGUCCAGAAUGAACCCUAUGAAGACCCCAAUCAUGGCCAGGGACAGUUCACAGAGAAACGCCUCUACCUCAACAGUAAACUUCCUAGCUGGGCUCGAGCUGUGGUUCCUAAAAUCUUUUACGUGACAGAGAAGGCGUGGAACUAUUACCCUUACACAGUCACAGAAUAUACUUGCUCCUUCCUUCCAAAGUUCUCCAUUCACAUAGAGACCAAAUACGAGGACAACAAAGGCUCCAAUGAUAAUAUAUUUCACUCCGAGCUGCAGGACCAGGAGAGGGAGGUGUGUUUUGUCGACAUUGCCUACGACGACCUCCCUGAACGCCAUUACAAAGAGGCAGAGGACUUGCGAUACUUCAAGUCAGAGAAGACGUCGCGAGGCCUGCUUCAGGAGGGCUGGAUCGACACGCAGAAUCCCAUCAUGUGCUCGUACAAACUGGUCACGGUCAAGUUUGAGGUGUGGGGUCUGCAGACACGUGUGGAGCAGUUUGUGCAUAAGGUGAUUCGGGACAUCUUGCUGCUUGGACACAGGCAGGCUUUCGCUUGGGUGGAUGAAUGGAUUGAUAUGAGUUUGGAUGACGUGCGGGAUUACGAAAAAAAAAUGCACGAGGAAACCAACGUUAAGGUUUGCAAAGAGCAGGGAGCAGCAAUUGCACCUUCUGAGCAGUCCGCAGCAAUUGCACCUUCUGAGCAGUCCGCAGCAAAUGCACCUUCUGAGCAGUCUGCAGCAAUUGCACCUUCUGAGCAGUCCGCAGCAAUUGCACCUUCUGAGCAGUCCGCAGCAAAUGCACCUUCUGAGCAGUCCGCAGCAAAUGCACCUUCUGAGCAGUCCGCAGCAAAUGCACCCUCUGAGCAGUCCGCAGCAAAUGCACCUUCCGCAGCAAAGAUCCCGAAGGGAGAAGCAAGUACAUGACAAUGGACGAGGUGAGAGAAUUUGAGCGGACAAUCCAGGAGGCCACCAACCAGAAGAUCGGAAUUUUCCCCCCGUCCAUCUCCAUCAGCGAGACGCCAUUGUCCUCCUGUGCCCUCACCGGCCCCGCCAGCGCCCCCACCACCCCUUUGUGCACAGAUGCGCCCGAUUCCCUCUCCGUCCCCAAGGACCGGCCCCGUAAGAAGUCCGCCCCGGAAACCCUGACUCUCCGUGAUACGCCUCCAAGUGAUGUACAGCAGGGAUCUACUCCAAGGCCAUUACCUUCCUCGAAUGACCUCCAGUCCUCCGCACCUUCCUCCAAUUCUGAUCUUGUUGAAAUGGGGGAACAGUAAACCGACCUUGGAACGUCUUCCCCCUGCACUUCCCAGUGAGUUAAGUCUACCCGCCAAAGACUGGUUCCCGAAUGUUGACGCGCUCCACAGCCAUCCCUAGCUAAAGAUAGCCAAGUCAUGAUUAUACACACACCUAAACACCCUAAAAGCAAGUUUAUUGUAUUUUAUUCUUUUGGUUUUUCGAAAGUUUUCCCAUUUAUACACAGCUGCUAACAGUCUAAUUAUGUUAGGCCAGUACCACGCACUGCUUGUCCACAGGGUUGACUUUUGAAUCUUCCACUCAGCUUAUGCAGGGUUUGGGUCGACGAUGUGAGUUCUGGAUGAGCGGGUCCCUGCUGAUCACGGCAUAUUUAGUGAAAGACUCGUUAUUAAGCGCAUUGGCAGCAACAGCCUUGUGUUCUGCACAAUCACGAAGUUUUACAGUGUUGACAAUGGGAAUGAUCGACCUCUUUUCACUUAGUCAAACCGUCCUCUAAAGACAGGGGUGUCCAAUUAAGUACUGUACAUCAGCCUCGGUUUUGGUAAUACAACACACUAAAACCAACUGGACAUAACCUACGCCAAGCAUUCUUAAGUACCGUAUUGACCUGAGUAUAAGUGUCUCUUUAAGACCUGUUUUUUGGAAACAAUAUUCCGACGUACGAGUCAAACCAAGUCAUGUUGAAUAACUGGUGGAUUGCAAUACAUUAUGCAGUUUGAUGGGUUGGCGUCAUGUUCACCAUGAUCUUAAAGUUGGCGUCAUAUACACACACAGGAAGAAAAGAUCUGACUGGCUUUAAGGGAAGUCCUUUGGCACCACCUUCUGGUUUGCACAUACAAAUUCAGACUCUGAAUAUCAGGUCCCAUUGACUUUUUCCACGGGAAAAGUGUUACACUCGGGUCGAUAAAGUAAAAACACCCUUAAGCUUUGUAUUCUAAAUGACCAAACCAAUUUUUUCCAAGGAUUAUUUGGUUAUUUUUGUUUAGUAAUACUUUUAGAAUAAACAUCAGGCCGUUUAAAACGCACUUGGACACCCCGGUCUUUGAACAAUUUCCUGAUUUCUAUGCCACUUCAGAGACCUUGAACCUAUUUUUUCUUGGAGAAAAAUUCCUUUUUGCCAAGUCUUAACUUCCUCCGUUGGGAUUAUUAUGCGCAUUGGCAGCAACAGCCCUGUGUUCUGCACAAUCACAAAGUUUUACAGUGUUGACAAUGGGAAUGAUAGACCUCUUUUCACUUAGUCAAACCGUCCUCUAAAGACAGGGGUGUCCAAUUAAGUACUGUACAUCAGCCUCGGUUUUGGUAAUACAACACACUAAAACCAACUGGACAUAACCUACUCCAAGCAUUUUUAAGUACCGUAUUGACCUGAGUAUAAGUGUCUGUUUAAGACCUGUUUUUUGGAAACAAUAUUCCGACGUACGAGUCAAACCGUUAUCUCCAAGUCAUGUUGAAUAACUGGUGGAUUGCAAUACAUUAUGCAGUUUGAUGGGUUGGCGUCAUGAUCACCAUGAUCUUAAAGUUGGCGUCAUAUACACACACAGGAAGAAAAGAUCUGACUGGCUUUAAGGGAAGUCCUUUGGCACCACCUUCUGGUUUGCACAUACAAAUUCAGACUGAAUAUCAGGUCCCAUUGACUUUUUCCACGGGAAAAGUGUUAUACCCUUAAGCUUUGUAUCAUAAAUGACCAAACCAAUUGUUUACAAGGAUUAUUUGGUUAUUUUUGUUUAGUAAUACUUUUAGAAUAAACAUCAGGCUGUUUAAAACGCACUUGGACACCUCUGUCUUUGAACAAUUUCCUGAUUUCUAUGCCCUUUCCUUCCAGUUCAGAGACCUUGAACCUAUUUUUUCUUGAACGGAAUUCCUUUUUUGCCAAGUCUUAACUUCCUCCGUUGGGACUAGCGGAUACAUUUUAAGCAGUUGAACCAAGAAGAAGAUGCCUUCGCACCACCGGAGCCACAAGGUCAUUCCAUUGCUGGUUGUCAACGUUUGUAAUCACAACCCAAAGUGCAGUUGGCGUCAUUUCACUGACAAGACUUUUGGACUACAGGAUCAGUACAAUCAGUGUGUUCACGCCUCAGGUCUCCCCCGGAACCUCUUCUCUCUCCCUGCUUGUUUAUAUUCCACACCAGUCUGCAAACUCACAAUGUUUACAACAAUCAGAAACUGGUUGCCUUUGCGUAGUCAAGCCAUGGAGCGCACAUGCAGUCUUGGAUUGGUAUUAUGAAGUCCUGAUCACAAAAAUACUUAAGUGUCCUCUAUGCUGGGAUGUCUGGCGGCGUACAGUGCUGUGUAAAAGUCUUUCAUCUUCAUACUCGUGUGGAUUAAAAGUGAGUUUGUUGGCUGGAAAUGACCAAAAAUAGACAUUGGGAGAUUGUCAACACAGAAAAUGCUUAAUUGAAAACGGACAAUCAGUCCUCUUAUUGUUCUGGUAAAUAGCUCGUUUCAUUGAUUCCAUAAUUACUGAAAUGGUUAAAAUACAUUCCCCUAUCUGCACCUUUUGAUCCAGAUCCGACAAAUACCGAAUAAUUAUUGCUGGAUUUUCUGUGCAACCGUUAUUCCAUUUACUGCUUCGAGUCCAAUUGACUGGCCUUAGACUUUUGCAAAGCACUGUAAAUGUGAUUCAACUCUCUAUCCACUUCACGUUAGUGCCAUUUGUGGGGAGGAAAUGCUACGUUCUGGGUACUUUAAUUUAUUUUUCCCUCCCAAACAUUGUAACAUAUCGAAGUGUAAAGUGGAGACUCGUGUUUAUCAAGCUGACUUGUGCUGUUUUGCCUGCAGAGGAUGGCUUCUGUUAAUCACUGCUUUGGUGCUCGGUGAGGAUUGACCUAUCAACUAGAACUUUUCAAAUGGUUUCCUGUCACCAUCCAAAGCCCUAGUGGUCAGUAUUACAACAAAAAUGUAUCAUUUUACCUUCUUUUUAUACGGGGCAAUGACAAUUCAGUGAUCAAACGGCAGUAUUUCAAGUGCUUCUUCUAUAUGCUGCAUGGAAUGUCUCUCUAUAUACCUUUGCGUAUAUUCCACGAAGGAUAUUUGUAUAAGGAUUUAUUAAUGUGGGUGGAAAAAGUGAAUGCCUCAAUGCUACUCAUUUUAUAUUUUGAGCAUGCCAAGAGAAUAUGAACUGCAUGCCACGGUUACAUUCUCACCCAGUAAACCCAAAUAUAUCCGCACUCAAAACACGCCGAUUUAUAAUACUGGUUUUUGCCAAGAGUGCAAUUUGGCAAUGGCCUCAGGAAAGUUUAGUAGGAUAACAUGCAGAAAUGACGCCACAUGUAUGUGAAAGUCUAUAUUUUGAUAACAAUGCCGCAACAUUCCAUGGUAGUGACGGCGAGUCUCCCAACCCCAAAUAUAAGAUCUUUUUCCAGAAAGGGUGUGAUUUUCUUGUGUGUGCCUUACUUUUUGUAUGAAAUCCUACUAAAUGUGAUAAUACACGCAAAUGGGCUAUUGCGUAACACGGCAUAUAUAAGUUUACUUUUUCUCAUUUUGAGUUACUGUGCAUUUGUGGUUAGGAUUUAGCUGGGAAUGGCAAAACAAUUUUGAGAAAAAACAGUCUUUUGCACUUAGGCCUUAAAAUGAACUGCAUUUUUUGUUGUUUCUGCCAAUUCCUCCUAAAAAGAUACCACUGACACUGCUCUUUUUGACUUGCUUUGUAACAUUUUGCGUUUAAUUGUAAUUACGUUCCCGGAAAAGAAGCUAUUUUCCCCUUCCCGCUUGCUUCGAAAUGGCCAUCUGGAGUGCAAAGAUCGUGUACGAUUGUUCUGUUGCGGUCUAACACGACACAGUGACGGCAACGUCUUGCCAUAAACGCCGUUUAAUAUUCUGUACAGUUUUUUUGUUGAUAGAAUUAUCAGUAACUCUCGCUUCUGUCUUUGGAAACCUUUUGAAUCGGCCAUCUUUGGAUAUAUAAUGGAGUGUACGUGCGUCGUCAGGGAUAUAUUUGCUACGUUCCGGUUUAAACAAGCUACCUUUUUUUCAGUUGUGGUCUGCUCUGUUUAAAAGAGUAUUGUAAAUAUUGUUAUGGAUUAAUAGUUUUUGUUUUUUUCAUUGGAUCUGUUCAUGUGGAUGGCAGCUUCAUGAACGUGUGAAAGUAAUGGUGAAUUUCUAACACUGUCAAUUUUUCGUAUUAUUUGUAACACCUUUUGGCGGAUUUGGUGGGUUCGGAUUUUCUUUUUGUUUGUUUUUUCUGGAGUAAUCCUGCUGUAACUUUUGUGGCUACACUUGAGGGAUAAAAAUCCUUUAAUUGAAGGACCAAGCCUUUUUUUUCUUUUUUUUUUUCUGUUGCACUUUGAAUCCGAUCUUAACCUGACGUUACCCGGGGCCUGUCUCACAAGCAAGAAGCUGUAAUUAUUGAACUACUUCCUGUACUCAUGUGCUUUGUGUAAUUGGCCCCAAAAAGUGUUCAUUGGAGAGUUGAUUCAUUGGCUUCUUUGGUAAUGUAAUUGUUUCACUAUUAGAUAAAGGAAAUAAAAAUUCCAUGCAUCCUUA